CUAUACAUAUGGGGCUAAAAAUAUAAAUAGUCACAAGUUGAAGGUCCAUAAAGCAAAUAACUAUUUACCAUUCUCGUCUUCAACUUUCAGUCUCUGACCUUCCGAGCAAGGUUGAGAAAUGAAUCAUCUGUUGCAGCAGCUACUGAAAUUCUGACAUCUCCCCCUUCUUUCUGCAAUCGAAUUUUUCCCAAUUUCAUUAGCGAUUACAGAAAUUACGACGCUUGAUUGCGAUGAUAAUUGAUAAAUCUCAAAUAGAAUCAAUCAUAUCAAUAUUCGUUACAGUUUAUCCCCACGAAACCUCUGCAUUGAUCUAUUCGACCUCUUCCUUCUUCUUCAUUCUGAGUGCGUAUUUCGUGGUACUACCGUUGCGGGAUGAAGGUGCAAUUUCAUUAGGGUUGGGAAAUCUCCCUGGGCUUUUCGUCGGAUCUUUGCUGCUCACGCUCGUCGCCGCCCCCGUUUCAACUCUCAUUUUUUCACUGCCAAAUCUUUCCAAAGGAAAGGCUUUGGUAUAUAUACACCGGUUUUUUAGUUUGUCUCUUGUCGUAUUCUUCGCUCUAUGGAUUUUUUCUACACCUGGAAGUUCAACAUUCAAUGCCAAGGAUACAAGUUCAGUAAACUCCACUAUAAAGGAGGAGCUGAAGGUUGCAGUUAAUCAAACCAUUUCGGCUGAUUCUGCUACGUGGGAAAACCAUGGGUGGUUCUACAUUGCAGUGAGGAUUGCCAUGUUCCUUUGGGUUGCUCUGCUUAAUCUUAUAACUAUCUCCUCGACAUGGGCGAGAGUGAUUGACGUGAUGGAUAGUGAGUCAGGUUCAAGAUUGUUCGGAUUUAUUGGAGCUGGUGCUACACUGGGUCAGCUCUUCGGUUCGCUGUUUGCCACAGGGAUGGCUUGGUUAGGCCCAUAUUUGCUUCUUGUUGCUGCAAUCUUGAUGGAAUUUGCCGCACAGUCUUCAAGAGGAAUUAACAAGGACAUCCCCGAGCAUUCUGAAGAACUAUCUCCCAUCAGAAGAUCUGAUACUGAUCACAUGAGCGAGAACAAUGGACUACUUGGAACUAGUCUAAAAGCAUCUUCACCAAGAUCUCCUACUUCGACCGAAAAACCUCAGAUCUGGGCUAUAUUGGAGGGCCUGCAGCUUAUAUUAUCAUCGUCUUAUUUAUUACAAGUUGCUCUGUUCCUAUGGCUAAAUGCAGUAGUAUCAUCUUUCUUCUACUUCCAGAAAGUAACUGUUAUUGCCAGUACAGUUACAAGUCCUGUUGGUAGAAGAAGAUUGUUUGCACAAAUCAAUAGCUUUAUUGCUGUUUUUAUCCUCGGUGGACAACUUACUUUAACGGGGCGCAUACUUACUGUAGCUGGGGUCACUACAGCUAUUUGCGCUGCACCAUUUGUUGGGUUCCUUAAUCUAAUUGCUUUAGCCGUAUGGCCCUCAUGGAUUACAGUUGCCAUAUCUGAAACUCUACGUAAGGUGGUUAUGUACGUUGUUACCAGACCUGGAAGAGAGCUGCUUUUCACCGUUGUUACACAAGACGAAAAGUACAAAGCAAAGGUAUGUAUAGAUGUAAUUGUUCAAAGGCUAGGAGAUGCCACUGCAGCUGGCAUGUACAAGCUACUUUUCAGCGCUUUAGACGUCACUCCGUCAACCGUCUCCCUUUACGCAUUGCCUGUGUGUUUCCUGUGGAUAGUAACUGCAUUCCACUUAGGGCGGCGACAAACACAACUUGCCAAGUUCAAAGCAUCUCGAAGACCCGAAACUCAAACAAGAUGACAUUUUCUUUUUCUUUUUUCUUUUUUUUUCCGUAGAUUUUUUCUUGAUUUUGUACCAUAAAAUUUUACUACUUUCGGAAACAAGGGCAUACCAUAAAACUAAUAAUUUAUUGUCGCACCAAUGAAAUCGGUGCUUUUUGU